AUGCCCUUCUCCCUGAGGGGGCGACAGCUCGUUCUAGCACUUCUUCCAGAGCGAGUCGACCACAUGCAGCUCCUCGCGAGCAGCAUGGAGAUUGUCAGUGUCCAUCGCGCUGAUCCCUUUGGUUCUAGAGGACCUUUUUCAGCUUGUGUUGGACACGUAGAGCGUUACCAGAUGUCUUGUGCUGUACCAACUCAUGGAGACCGCUUAGCGCAGCUCCUUGCACACUGGAAACGAGGUCAAUAA